AUGAUGAACUUGGUGACUACAGGCCAAAUACCGGACUUCGCAAGUUUAGCGAACGGCCACAGUUCCUUGCAUGAACUAAAAUAUACCUUAGAACUUGCAAUGCAUUACUUUGAAAAGGAAACGGACAAUGAAUCAAUCGGUGGUGACAAAUUCAACGUACUGGAUCAACUCAGAAGUGAAGAAACUAAUGAUAUCAAAAAAAUAGAGGACUCUGAAUUCCGAACAAACCCUAAUUGGCAGUUGAUACCGAAAAAUAAAGACAGUCAAUUUAAAUUGCCUAAUAAUGUCGGUAUUGCUUCUGAAAAUUGUGAUAUAACUACUCGUUUAAACUGUCGUUUGGAAGACUGUCCAGUUUUAUUAAAAUCAGAAAUUACAGAAAGAUUCAAUGUUCCACAUCUUAAGAAUUCUCAUAUAAGUAUAAUUACAAUAAGUUUGGAGGAAGACUUAUGUAACUCGAAUAUUUCUAACUUAACGAGACAAUAUCUCCAUGCAGCUUUUAGUAUUAGCGAUCGAUUACUGAGUGAAGAAUAUUGGGUUGACUUCAUACACCCUUACACCGGUUUGCCGGCUAUUAGUCCUGGCGAUAAUAUUGAUUUUUCUAAACUUGAACUUCCCUAUAAGCACAAAGUUUAUCAUGUCAGCAAGCGUAAGGAGUGCAAAGACAUUGUAGAGAAAAUAUCUCCAAGCGCUAUUACUGUUGGUAAUAUUUUUACAAACGCUUCUCCGACAAAAACUGAUAGAAUUCAAGAGAUUUUGGAUGAAGUCAUUGAUUUACAUCGCACUGAUAAUGACUAA